UAACCUAUUAAACGUGCGUUCAGGCAAUGGUUCCAAACAAAUGGCGGCCAGUCUUGUGCAGAAACUGGCCUUUAGGGAGCAAUGUGGGUCGAUCAGAUGUUCAAGAAAGUCGCUUCCUCUGAAGCCAUUUUACAAGAUUCCAGGCAGACUCUGCUACCGCAUUAAUUCCCUAGUUCCACAAUUUGUUCUUGAAGAAGGACAUGUAUUUUUGGGCUUUACGAAAUCUGGACAGUUUGUUGUGUCUUAUUCCCUGCAUGUCGAUGCAGAUGAACACACUGCAUAUCCUAUGUACAUCUACAAACUACAGUGGUGGAAAUUUGUACCAACAAAGUCACUAGAGUUGGUAUCUGAACUUCGUUUGUUUGGGGAAGAGGACAUUGUUCAAGAUCUCUUCAUUGCCUUUUGUGAGUGGCCAGAAGAUGACACAAAGGUUUUGGUAUAUGGCCAUUGUGCACCUAGUCGAGGGGAGGAUAGUUGUCACUGUUACUUGUCGGUGAUGGCUGUUCCAUGCCUUACGGUGUGUAAAGACUGCCAGCUUCUCAGAAAAGAAACAUCUGGAAAUGUAGGCAGAUGUCUUCAGCACAGUUUCUGUGUACACACUAAAUACGAACUUGCUCCACCGUUUCCUGCCUUUUCACCAAGAGUGCAACUUAAAGUGAAUGGAAUCGCAAUUCUCAACACUGGAGAUUCCAUCGUAGCUUUGCAGAUUGAUGCUAAGCAGAAACACAGCUACUUCAAUCAAAAUGGACAGCCCCAUGAUCCAGAGCCUGAAGAGGAGGAAGCGUCCUCUGGUUGUCAUGACAACAUGUUCUACAUUGGUGCCGAACUUUUCCUCGUGUCGACCAAGGCGUCCUACUGCAACAUAGAGGAGAGCAGUAGUCCUGUGUGCCACGAGAAUGGGGAUGGAAAAGUGAAGGAAUUCCUCGAGAAUAUGCAAGAAGUUACUGUCGACGAUGACGACGACGAAGAAAACGUCUGUUCCCCCGACUUGGACAACUUUGACCUUGAGUGCCAAGAGUGUGAUAAAAGUGCCAAAAAUUGUGAUAAUUCUUGUCAUUGCCGAUCUGGUCCAGCCCGCCGUCCCGCUCUCAAAGUGAAGAACUGUUCCACGGACUCUAACACUAAUUCCGACUGUGGGAAGAGCGUCAACAGCUGCAGCAAGCCGUUCAUCCACGGUGGCAGCCUGUCCCCGGGCUGCAACAGUGGCCUCGGGAACCAGUAUCCGUAUUCCUUCUCCAACUUUCCAGACUUGAAGCUGCACAGCCCGGACAUGUCUGGCUGCACCAGUGCCAAUCAGCCUUCCGAUUUCACAAACGAUGACUUUGUUACUAACUGCUCCUCGAGCAGACUGUCUUCCCAGCGGUCGUUUUUCUCUCCAAGCAACAGCUAUGCAAGCAGUACCGGGUCCAAGAGCUCAGAGAGUGUUAUGGUGCACACAAACCAUUCACGGACAGUUACAUUUUCCCUCCGCAGGUACAGCUAUUCCACUGAGGAUAUGCUGGAACCUCCUAUUGUUGUUGAAGAUGAUUAUGACUUGGCAUAUCGCAGUGUUUUGCCAGUCGAAGUUUUGUGGUCCAAUCAGCCUUUGUCCAUUGUCCUGUCUGAAUGCAAUAGCAGCAGUCCAACUGCAACAGUUUUACAAAUGACCUUUGACAUCGAACACUAUAUGGUUGAAGUAAUCCACCAGGAAGCUGAGUGGGGACAACGCUACGUGGCCUUUUGUAACUAUGAUCUCCAGAUACUGGAUGUGUGUCCAGAAAGUGCUAAGGUGUAUGGAACAGUUCAUGCCCUGAUCCAAGCAAGAGAGAAAAGUCUAAAGCAAAGCAAAGGUGUUGUGAAGUCAUAUCAAACGAACUUUACAUUUGAGUGGGAUUUACGUGCAGGAAGUUAUUCCACACUGCAUAUUGAUGAGUUGGUAGAAGUUAAUGAACAGAUACUCAGAGGGCGUGAUUGGAAACCAGGUAGUAAGGAAUGCAAUCAAUUGAGGAGAAAAAUGGUUUGGCCUCAGUCUUUCUUCCGCAGUGUGCAUGUCUUGUCCAACGAAGCUGUUUUUAAAGGCAGAUCCUUAUCUAUGUUAAUUGCUCCAAACCACUACACGGCCAUUCUGCUGUGAGGAGGCUGCGAACCAAAGAGACACUUUCUACUUAUGUACCUCAGGCCAAUUGCAUUUUCUGUGUUUUAUGCCUUUUUGUUGAUCAUUUGUAGCAUUACUUUGCACAUCAUGGGGAACAGAGUUUAGAUCAUCUCGGCUGUGUUUUACGAAUCCAUCUUAGCGCUAAGAUCACCUCGAGUUAAUACUUAUGCAAUUACGGUGAUCUUAGCGCUAAGAUUGCUUUCGUAAAACAGUGCCCGGUUCUGUUGUUUUAAUUGCAGUAAAAUUGCAUUUGUUCAUUAUUUUAGUUUUUGUUAAUGUUUCUUGAUUACUGUUUACAAACAUUUGACGAUAUAAGAGAAUAAAAUUCUUCUUUGAAAAUGGUACCUUUUUGACCCCCAGGCCCUUCAACAGUUGAAUACACAAUUAAUUAGUAAUUUUGUCUACAUCGUCUGAUCCAUAAUGGAAGCACCAAUGAAUGCAUAUUAAUAUAUGCAUUCUUGUAGAAAUACUCUUGAAAGAAAUAAAAAUAUUUUAAAAACACACUUCAUAUAAUUUUCCUGUCCUUCAGUUAGCCUUGUUAUGCCAGGGUCUUAUUUUUGAUUUUAUGUCAACCAGGGCCCCGUUCCACAAAGCAAUAUUGGCCCUAAGAUCAUCGUAACUGCACAGCUAACAUAUGCACUUACGGUGAUCUUAGCGCUAAGAUUGCUUUGUGGAAUGGGGGCCCUGAACAGCACAAUUUCCAGCCUUCUGCUACACGUGUGACCGACAGACCUGAAUUAUGCUGAAUAAUGCCCAUUGUAGUGCAUUCUGGUCUUAAUUCCUAGGUACCAUUUUCAAAGAAGGUCAUGUUAUGGAUCUCGAAAUUCAUGUUUUGAAGAAUGUAUGUUCUUACUGUAUCUUUUUAAUGGAAAAUAGUUACCUUGUUGCCUAUAAAUUUGUAUCACUCCAUCUGACUUCAAAUCAAAAUAGUAAAGCUCAAGGCACUUUCCUGGCCCUUGUGUUGGGAAGAAAUUGUUUUUGAACCUAUUACUCAUCAGACACCAGGCAUCGAAAUAAAUCAAGAGUGGUUACCAGGAUCUUAUGACAUAUUGAGAACAGUACUUUGCUCGACAAAAACUUGUUCAAUUUAAAUUUUAAUCAAUUUAAAUUUUAAUCAAUUUUGUGUCAUUCAGAUAUAAGAUACACAUGCUUGUAUUAGUUCAAUGAUACAGUGCUUCUAGAUUAUGGUAGCCCCACUCCCAUGGCUAGUGAUAUUCAAUGUUGGACUAGUAAGUAACUACUAUUGCCAUGCCCAAUGGCUAGUGAAAAAAAUUGGUCAAAUGUUGCAG